UGGUGCUGCUGCUGUUGCUGCUGUUGCUGCUUGGCUAACACACACAUAUGUCCUCCAAUCUGAACUUCUUUGAGCCACACCGUUUCAUUUGGUGCUAUCAGGGCUGAUGAGAGCCACUCGUCCUUCUGGGUCUGCUGCAGCUGCUGUGUGAGAGACACAGUCGAGCCGUGAAGGCAUGUCUUUGUCCUGUUGGCGUCGCUUUGUUAACCAGCGACCAGAGUCCAGUGAAUUUUAAACGUUCAUGCUUGUGUAAUGGUUAUAUCAACAUGAUAUCCAUAUGGAUGUCAGUGAUUGUCAUGCUGGUGGCAUUUGUGAAUGGAGCGAGGAAUGAGGAUGUCAUACAACCAUGUGCGAACAUCCGGACGUCCAGCUCAGUGGUGCCUUUGGGGUCACCUGUCACAGCCACCUGUGUCAUCAGAGAAGACUGCCUUCCCGUCAGUGGACAAGCUGUUCAUAUAGAGUGGCGCCUUGACGAUCGCUUUAUUCCCAGCAGCCCUGUGGCCAGCGAGAGCGGCGGGAUUUCUGAGGUUGUUAUACCAAGCUUCAAUCACACCAGGGCUUUCCUCACCUGCUGUUUACAGGCCUCUCCCGUUCAAGUAGCAGGAGGAGUGGAGAUCAGAGCUGGAUAUCCACCAGAAUCACCAAAAAACCUCAGCUGUCAGACAAACCUCACUACCUCUAACACCCUGACCUGUAGCUGGGACGCUGGGCAGCUGGAGACGCACCUCCUCACACAGUACACCCUCCACACCAAGAUAUGGGAUUCAAACAGGAACUAUACUUACAAGCUACCAACAGGAGUCCACCAUUAUACCAUCCCUCGUUCUGACUUUGUCCUGUUCUCUGAAAUGGAAAUAUAUGUGGAGGCGGUGAAUGAACUUGGAGAGGCAGUUUCAGUACCCAUCAUUUUGGAACCUGUCAGUGCAACCAAGUUUGACCCACCAAAGAUUCUAAAGGUUGAAGCUGUGCCCAAAAGGUACGGCUGCCUAAAGCUGAGCUGGAGCUUAUCGCAUCACCAGGCCUGGAUACGUAACUUCCGCCUGAACCUGGAGGUCCAAUUUAAGACUGCUGACAGUAGUCAAUGGAGUGAGCAACCAAUCCUGGUGAGCCGGAUUAAACCAACCAGACCUGUGGACCAGUGUCGCCUGCUCCAUGGGACUCAGUAUUUUGCCCAGAUUAGAGUCAGAUACCAGCAGAGUCCCUGGAGUGAAUGGAGCAGCAGCCAGUCUGGAGUCACCUUGGAGAGUGCUCCCACUGGACGCCUAGACUCGUGGGUGAAACUAUCGGGGGAUCACAUGCACAAACAAAUCAACAUACACUUGUUUUGGAAGCCAUCAAAACAAUUCCGCCCCAACAGCCGAAAUGUGUCAUAUAUCGUCUCAGUGCAAAAACUGCCAGGUGUAAAGGGAAAGGUGUGCUCUUCAAUGGGGAAUUACUGUACUUUCCAACUUCCCAGGAAAGCAAAGAAAGUGUAUCUGAGUGCUGUAAAUGCAGCAGGGAAAUCCUCCCCCAAUGAAGUUCGGAUUUACCAACCCAAAGCUCUUAAGGUGAUAUCAGACAUCACAGCUACUCCUCGCGAUGACCGAGCCCUUCUGGUCCAGUGGAAAAGCGUGGAUACAUCAAGCAUCAUUGGUUAUGUGGUUGAAUGGAGACCUUUGUUAAAAACAGACCUCUCCCUCACCCGGUUCGAAUUUGCAAACAGAAACGAAUCCAGCAUCAUUAUAACAGGAAGCUUUGAGCCCUACAAGCCCUAUGGAAUCUCUGUGUAUCCCAGGUUUAAGGAUGGGAUAGGCCUUCCUCAGACUGUUAAUGCCUACUCAAGACAAAAGGCUCCAUCCGUGGUUCCGAAAAUACGGAUUAAAAAGACUUGGAAGUCACAUAUUGAGCUUACCUGGGAUGAAAUACCAUUAGACCAAAGAAAUGGGAUUAUCCAGGGCUACAAAGUCUUCUACUGGGAUGAGAAGGGUCCCAUUAAUGUUGUGAGUGCUCACCCAAAAGAGAGAAGGGUGGUCCUGAAAGACCUCAACACUGUGUCUCUGUACGAAGCUUUCAUGAUGGUUAGCACGUUCGGUGGGAGCAUCAAUGGGUCAACAAUUCAUUUCGAAAUAGAGCCAUUUGAUGCCGUUACUGUUGUGAUGAUUGUAAUCGCGUCUGGUGUUGGAAUGUCAUUGUUGGUCAUUUUCAUAGUCAUGACUUGUUUCUCCAACCACAAGAGGCUGAAGGGACGCUUUUGGCCAGAUGUUCCUGAUCCAGCUAACAGCAGCAUCAAGAGAUGGACAUCAGAGUCAACACAGGAUACACAUCCUUCCUGGGACAAUGAUGAGCCCAAUCCAAUAUACCUGUCCCACCUCAGCUUCCUUGACCUCCCAAUGAAACUAAGCAAACAAGAGGAUGAUCUUUGGUUAAACAGUGCAGAGGACACCAGUGACCUGGGAGAUUCCAUUUGUGGUUCACCGUUCAUCCCUGGAUACUCUGGUUCAAACAGCUACUCUGUUCCUUAUGCCACUGUGAUCUUCUCCGGCCCAUGCAGAAGCCCUCCACCCAAAGAGCCUCAUGUCUACCUCCGCUCUGAGUCCACACAGCCGCUCCUGGAGGCUCAAGAAUCCUUCAGUCCAAAGUGCUACCAUAAUAUGGCAACUGAUGGGAUGCCGAGGGAGCAGUGUUUUUUUGGACCGUGCGAUGACUGUAUAGCAGAAGAAGGGGCAGACCCAGUCGUUCUUUGGGAUGACUUCCCUUUUCUACAAGCAUUAGCCUUGAAUGAUACUCAGAAUGACUAAAAGUUCUUCCCUGAUUAUAAGAAUAACUGCUUUGCAAGAUUUUCAUGUAGAUCUGAGUUUGUGAUAAGUUGAUCCAGCGUAGCACACAGCUGUAAAUACAUACUAGGUAUGCUAGGUUUGAUGCUAAAAAUCAUGUUGAUAUUUAAUGAUUAUAAUGUCCAUUUUUUAUCUGUACCAAACUUUGUAUAAAUGAUAUUGUUGUGUGUUAUAAACUCAUCAAGCACUUAA